AUGCCGGGGCCGGCCGCCCGCGGGCGCCGCCUUCUGUCCCCAGGCUGCGGCUGCGGCUGCGGCUGCGGCUGCGGCUGCGGCUGCGGCUCCGGCUCGGGCUCCGGCUCCCGCCGCGGCGGCGGGCCGGGUGCGAGCCGCGGUUCUGGCGGCGCCUUUGUGAGGCGGCGGUGCAGGCCCGCAGCGCGCGCGGGGCCUCAUCGGCCGCGGCGUCACGGGGCCCGCGGGGGCUCAGCCGCGGCCGCCAGGGAGGACCCCCGUCCGCCGCUGCCCCCGCGCCCCGGGCACCUCGCCGCGGCCGGCCAGUGCCCGGGGACCCCCGGCGCGCCCAUGCCCCGCAGCGCGCAGCCCGCCCGGCCCCGCCGCCCCGGGGCCGCGCAGCUGCACCCAGCCGCCCGGCCGGGUGCCGCCGCUAAUGCGUCCGUGGGUCUGCGGGUCUCCCGCCCGGCCCCUCGCCCGCCCGGAGCCCGGAGGCCGCGCCGCGCCAGCCACGUGACACGCCCGCCGAGCCGCAGUGGCGCUGGCGGUGGGGGGAGGCGCUGGGGCGGGCGGUCGGGGGGCGCGCGCCCCGCCGCGGUGCUGGACAGCUCCAGCGGGCUGCCCCUGCCAGUCCUCGCCCUCCGCCCUUGAGCCUGGCGCUCAGGGCUGGCGCUGCGCGCAGGGUCCCGGGCAGCUCUGGCCUGGCCUCCUUCCCGACCCACGAACCGGUCCGUCCCGGAGCCCAGCUGUGCGGGAGAACAGGGGAGGAAAGGCUGGUAGAAGGUGGUCGAGGCAGAGGCUGCUCAGGGCUGCUUAAGGCAGGACGGGUCAUUGUGGUGCAAAGCUAAGGCCUGUCUUCCAGAGCAAGGCCUUUAAGGAGAUAUUUGUGAACACCCCGAGAGGCCUCCAGAAACCGACCCUCACGGGAUCUUUGACCCACCUGAUCACCCCAACAGGCACUGGGAAGUGGAAAGGAGGCCUGGUUUUCAGGCUUGGGGCCGACCCCUGGGAGAGCUGUA